AUGGUGCACAAAGUGGAUGAACCUCCUGAGGAAGCUCUGCAGAGACUGCUUGCCUAUGUCAAGGACAAGCUGCAAGAGCCCCUGGAGAGGAAGUACAACGCAGCAUGCAAUACCUUUCACACAAAGCCCACAGACGCAGCAGGCAUGGUCAACAAAGUGAGGGCAAGCACCAAUCCUGAGUGGCUCAAGGUGCUGCCCUACCUGCAGGACAUGAUCCUAUGUGCCAAGGAGGCCAAGGGGCGCCGCAUUGGCUUCUACGGGGAGCACAGCAUUGGCAAGUCAUCCCUCAUCAACACCAUCUUGGGGGACAACCUGCUGCCCAUGAGCGCCUCAAGCACCUGCACAGCUGCUGUGUUGGAGAUCAUGCCCUGGGACAGGCCCCACUACUUGGUGAGCAUUUACUUUGUCUCACCUGAGGAGUGGGACCUUGAGAUAGAGAUGGCACGCAACCUGUCCACAGUCACCUCGGCCAACACACUGCCAGGACGGUAG